AUGGAUGAGUCACAUUUGAUAGCUGUUCCUCCUUCGCCACGUGUCUGCUCUCUCAUACAAACAGGCUCGGGGUCCAAGUCCGAGUCCAGCGCUACUAGCUUUAUUCUGAUCUUAUCUUCUCAAGUAUCCGAUGUGACAUCGACCGCUGCCGACGUUGCAUUUGCUGUUUUAGCACUGGAAAAAGCACAAGGAGAGGAAGGAGCAUCCGAACGCAUCCGGCCUUUGGGAAUCCUAGGUAUUGUGUCCAAUCAUCUAGUCAAGGAACUCGUUGAGUUUAUCUUCGUUCCCACGAACGUGACCUGGGAUUGGCUGGCAGCCUAUCCACAUGCCAAAGUCCUCCCGCAAGCCCCUCCACCUGCCAACGAUCCUCGACGCUCUGCGAAUGCAGACACCACCUCGAACUAUCCCACGUCUUCGCAUAGGAAAGCCGUCAACUGCCCUGAGACCCAUUCUUUACCUACUACGAUCAACUUCGUACAUCAAUAUCUCAACGUUCCGUUGCAUCUGGACAAAGAGUCCCUUGAAAUCAUCAAAAAUCAUUUAGAAACGAUGUUACCAGAAAUUUCGCACAACCCAGAAGAUGAGAACGAGUCACAGGAACAUACCCCACAUAGUUCAAAGCCCGAGCCUUCUCUAUCACCGCGGUCAAAGAUAGCCGAACCCGCCGAAGUGUGGCAAUCCGAGUACAACGAGACACUCGAAUUUCGUGGGUUGAAAGCUUUCAACGAUGGUAGUGAGCCUGGCGUGUCAUCUGCGAACCAUGGAUACGUCGGCAUGGGUCUGUGUGCUGUCGAAAGCUGGGACUACGACAUUGAAGAGAUGGAGCGUUAUGAUUAUAACACUGUGCCAGGGUACGGUGCCUUGUCACCCGGCCCAAUGGACUACCAGACCGAUCAGGGCGAUGGUUCAAUGAAUGUCUCUCACGCCUCUCUGGAGUCAACCACCAGAUCCACACCGUAUCAACAAGGAAUUAAAAGACCCACAAAGCCCUUCAAGGAGAUUGGUGCACAAUUUGAGCUAGGAAGCCCGACUGAUCUUGGAAUGUCGACGAACUGUAUGAGCAUUCCACUACCUCGUGUCGUCGUUUCGAGUGUCGACAAUGAAAGUAUGGGAGGUGGGAAAAAGUCCGGCGUACCUCAAUUGUACGGCAAUACAUUGUCGACCGCAACUCCAUUCGACGCAAAGUGGAACCUUGGCCAGAGUCUACACAUGUCCGUAGCUUCAAGUGGAAGCAACAGCCAACUUCCAGAUGUAAAGUGGAACAUUCCAAACAACUACGAGAUUGCUACGCAAGAUCGACAACCUCCGGACACGGUGCUCGGUUGCAUUGAACCCCAGCUUGGAACGCUCGCAGUGGAAAGUGUGAACGCCUUCCAUGCUGAUGCUGAUUCAACCACAGCUAAUGUUGCUGCUGUGUCUAACACCGACGAAAGCUUUGGUGUUAAAAGGCGUCCGCUUCCAAGAAACCCCUCUACGCUCCAGAUACCAACCAAAACGCCACCAGGAUCACAGCAUUGGCAAAGCCCGUCCGGCAGCACCCUACCCCACUCAACGUUCCAGAAUAGCAUACAAACCCCAAUGUAUCCUACACCACCGUCGUCCUUUAGGGGGAUAGCCGAGUACCAUCAACUCGACAAUAUCUAUGGCGGAGAUGAUCCAACCUCCACCCCAGCCACACCGCUUUGCGUCACUCCAACCGAGCUUUCACCUUCCGUUUCACCCUCGCCAUCCUACCUGUCUGAUGCGGACGACGGCGUCACCUGCUGUUCAAUAUGUCCCUAUCGAAUUUUUACAGGCACACCCGUAGCACAGAAGAACAGCCUACAGCGGCACAUGCGUGACAAUCAUGACGGGAAGCCACGGCUCGAGUGUCUCGUGCGUGGAUGCACCGUUUCCUUUGCUCCUGGUCGCAAGGACAAUCUGAAAAAGCACAUCAGAGCUACGCACCCAGACUACCCUUUGCCUGCUACAUCAACGAAAAGGAAGCGAAAAGCUGAUAGUGAUUUUGAGUCCUAG